GGGGGAGGCGAGUGCGCAGGCAGCGACACGGCCGCUGCCGCCGUGGGGCCAGCCCCCGCUCCCCGCCGAGAUGGGAUCCCGCGUGUCCGUGGACGACUCCGUGCGGGUGGUGGGGGUGGGGGGCGGCUUCGGAGGCACGGCGGCCGCUGGCUUGCUGAAGUCCCGGGCCAUCCCCUUCGUGCUGGUGGACGCGAGAGAGGCUUUCCACCAUAACGUCGCUGCCCUCCGCGCCGCCGUGGAGAGCGGGUUUGCCAAGAAGACUUUCAUCUCCUACUCUGUCACCUUUGGGGACAGCUUCCGACAAGGCAAAGUUGUUGGCAUAGACCCCGAGAGGCAACAAGUCUUGCUCAGCGACGGCGAGGAGCUUCACUACUCCCAUCUCAUUCUCGCAACAGGCAGCGAUGGGCCAUUCCCUGGGAAGUUCAACAAAGUCAUCGACAUGGAAAGUGCCAUCCAAACCUAUGAAGACAUGGUUAAAGAGAUUGAGAAAUGUGAGCGCAUCCUGGUAGUGGGAGGUGGUGCUGCUGGAGUCGAGAUGGCUGCAGAGAUCAAAACAGAGUACCCGGCCAAAGAGGUCACCCUCAUUCACUCAAAAAUCGCACUAGCUGAUGUAGAGCUGCUAGACAGCGUCCGUCAGGAGGUGAAAGAGAUUCUCCUCAGAAAAGGAGUGCGCCUCUUGUUAAGUGAAAGGGUCAGCAACGUGGAAAACCUCAUGCCAAACCGGUUCCAGAAGGACAUGGUAGUAAGGACAGAAAAGGGCACGGAGGUGGUUGUGGACAUGGUGGUCCUGUGCACAGGGAUAAAGAUUAACUCUUCAGCAUACGCUGCUACAUUUGGGGACAAAAUGGCAAGUGACGGUGCUUUGAAAGUUAACAAGCACCUCCAGCUGGAAGGCCAUGAGAACAUCUACGCCAUUGGGGACUGCGCGGAUCUGAAAGAACCAAAGAUGGCCUACCAUGCUGGGCUCCAUGCCGACAUCGCAGUGACAAAUAUCAUCAACAGCCUGACGCAUAAGCCUCUUAAAACCUACGAACCAGGUAAGGUAAUCUCCCAGCGCUUGGCCUUAGCUUACUAUGUGGGACGUCUCUUGGUGACCAUUGCCAAGAGCCGGGAUCUGUUUGUCUCCAAGAGCUGGAAGACCAUGGGACAGACAAUGCCCUCUUAAGAAGGGAUCAGUAACAAACCAGCAAGGAAUACAGCAACUGGAAGAGGGCGAGGGUGCACUUUUAUUGCUUGGGCAGACUGAUACCGUCUCCUGCAGCACCUCCUAAAGCCACCCAUCAGCGUGCUGCAUUAAAGGGCUGCCCUGCCUUGCUGUGAAGGCGAAGGAGGCACUUUCCAAGUGAUAAAGAAAACAGGGAAGGAAUGUUUACUUUACUUCCUUGUUGAGAUAGCUCUGAGCAAGAAACUUGGUUUACCCUGAUUUGUAACAAUAAACAUUCACGGUUUCCAAAGUCUCUGUGGUUUGUUUGUUAUGUGGUUUUUCCCUGGCCUUCUCUUGCUCUUCUAAAAAGUACCCACCUCUUACAAAGCUGGAAUCCGCUCCACAGCACGCAGGAAGAACGGCUCGCAGCACUGCCUGGGGAAAGCCUAAAGCCUUGAAGAGGCUACGGUAAUCCUGGAACUCAACAGAAUAUAACACAGCUUCGUGUCACCGCUCCCCAGCAGCUUUAGUUAUGUCACUUACAGGGCUAUACCUCAGCCAGAAGAGCUUGCUAGUUGUGUGCUAAGUGUGUUACAGCAAGCACUUAAUUACAGAUGCUGCUUUUUUUUUUUUUAAGGUAAGAAUUUCCCAGAGC